GCGAGCUCCUUGAUCUCGAGUUGUAUCCUGAUGCUAAGGAGAUCUCUGAAUCAAUGGCUGCGUUCCAUGCGGUCAGACGCCACGUGGCUGCUCUCAAUAUUGGGAUGAAUGACAACAACGUUGGCUGUGUUGUGGUUGGUGAUGGCAGCACGCCGAGAACCGCAGCGCUCUUCGCGUAUCGAACGAGUUGGCAGGUGUGGUCUAUUGAUCCCCAGCUAGACGCGAGUCGAUACGAAGGGAAGGUGAAUAGACUUCAUUUGCUCGAUAGGAAGAUCGAGGACUGUCAACUCUUCAAUGCUAAUGUCAAGGUUUGGGUGAUAGUAUGUGUUCACGCGCAUCUACGAAGUUUACAGGACGCAGUAAAUUGCUGCAUAGCCCCUGGGAAAUCUGGAAAACUAGCGCUGGUCGUGGCGAUGCCAUGCUGUAAUAACUACUCUACGAUGCUUCUCGAUUGCAAGAAGAACGAGCUCGGGCCGAUGGAAGAAUAUAAGGACUGGGGAAUCAUGUCGCCUCAUAGGCUCAUUCGAGUUUGGAUGGCUUCCGAGUAUGUGGUGAAGUCUACUGCUGCGAGCACUGUAGUGGACGAGAGUUUGCGGACCAGCACUGCGAGGAGUAAAGGAGGAUCAGUAAGAGCACAGAGGAGCAGAAAGCGUCGAGAGCAGGAACAGUUGGGCGCUACGUAUUCGGCGUGA